AUGGUAAGAUUUACAGAGGCUGAGGAAUAUGUACAAAAGUCAGCUCAAAGUGCUAUACUACACAAACGUAAUGCUGUGAGUGUGAGAUAUUAUGAAGACGAAUUUAUUAAUCAUUUUUCUGACCCUAAACCACAAAUCACAAUCACUUCCCUCAUAUAUACAAUAAGAGUAAAGAGUAUAAGAAUGGCUUUGGACCGAUUUAUUCAGUUAUUCCCAGGAGAAACAGUACAAUUUGUUAAUCUCGGCAGUGGAUUUGAUACCACGUCAUUUUGGUUAAUCCGUAAAUACAACAAUGUUGUGUGUUUUGACACUGAUUUCCCCGAUCAAAUGAAGAGUAAAUCCAGGAUUAUAGCCGAAAAUGACAUAUUUAGAAGAUUGCUACCAGAUCUAAAGCUGGUAAACGGAUUCAUCAAUUCAACUAAAUACAAAACCGCAACAUUUGAUUUAACUGAUAUAAACGGAUUUGACAACUUAAUCAGCGCCGGUUUAUCUCCAGAGCUACCUACGGUAUAUUUGGCUGAAGCAGUUUUCAUGUAUAUUGACACAAAUAAAGUUGAUCCAGUACUCCGGAAAUUAUCAGAAUUCUCUACUUCUUGUCUCAUUUACUGGGAAUUCACAAAUCCUAAUGAUAAAUUUGGUCAAUUAACCAUUCAAACUUUUAAAGAAAAUAACAUUGAACUUACCGGCGUGAAAUAUUCAAUAGAAGAACAUAAUCAAAGAUAUUUGGAUUUGGGUUGGGACGAGGUGGUUUCGGUAAAUAUGAACACAAUGUGGUCACUCCUGGAUCCGCAAGAUAAGCACAGAAUCAAAGGGCUUGAGAGUUUUAAUGAGGUGGAAGAACUUGGAGUCAUUUGCGGCCACUUAAUGCUAGGCUUGGCUAUUAAGAAUUUCAAAGAAUCCUGGGAAUUCAUAUGUAAACUAAGGGAAACGUCCGGGCAACAGUCCUACACAUAA